GAAACUUUGAGGCGUGUCUAAGAAAUUUAAGUUCCAUUUUUCCUAAUAGUUGAAACAGUGGCCUUUAUGAAUCCAUCCAUUCUCCGUGUGGGUGUGGUUGUCAUAUUUUCGGAAGAUUUCUGUCUACAUGUAGACAUUCUGAUCCCUUUUCCAGCAAAUUGUUUUUGUGUUUAAAGGAGUCUCUGCUUCAAAUGCUUUCGAAUUCAUUCGCAAUAGAUUUGGCAUAUCAUUUAAUUUGCCUGUGCCAUACAGUCUGCCAUGGCAGGAGUUGCCUAUACCGACCUCGCCUACUAUAGUUAUUAUUAAAAUCCAUUAAUUGACUAUUAUAUUCUUUGAAUGUGUAAAAUUUUAGUGUGAUACAAAAUUAAUAGCUGCGAUCACUUUUCAGUCACCUGCCCCCGGAAGCCUCAAAAGGACAAUCGUUCAUAAUAUUACUAAGGCACAUCUUCUACACGAAUAUUGCAUUGUCACAACAAAUGAUUCAGUCGUUUUUGGAGCAGCUAAGAAAUAUCUACAUCUUGACAAAUACAUCUGGGGGUGCUUCAUAAGAACAAUGAGGGUCCAAACUCUUCUCAUUCUAUAUUGGACAAUCUCAGUGUGCUAUUGCGACAACCCCGACCCAACACCAGCAGUAUCAUACAUGCCUCCAUGGACCGGUACUUCGAACACUGCCCAGGUUGUAUUCUGCAACAAUACACAUUUCUGCCGCUCAAGAAACCCUCCCUGUGUUGAUGCCCCCGUUAACGAACACUUGGCUUGCUACUGCGACACACUAUGUCUCAUCUUCGACGAUUGCUGUAACGACUAUGAGGAGACGUGUCUUCUCGAAUAUGGAACAACUGCUACAACGGCCACAGACGAACCUUCCCUUAGUAUAGAUGUUGAAGAUAGUUUGGGAUUGCCUCUCGACAGGUUUGAAUGCAACACAAUUUCUUACGCUCCCAAACGUUCUAAUACAGGUUUUUGGGUAGUAUCAAAAUGUCUGUCUGGUAAAGAGGAGAGUUUGAAGUCCCAAUGCGAAGAUACCCUUCAGCUCCCUCCAUCGAAAAUGAGCGACGAAGAUUUUAAAGCUAAAUACGUACCCGUUACUUCUAACAAGACGAAUGUGGCCUACAAAAAUCAGUUUUGUGCUCAGUGCAACGAUGAUUAUGGUGAUGUGUACUGGUAUCUUAAGAUUGUUGACAACAUUAAUGCUAGUAAGGACUUAGGUAAUUAUGCCCUAGAGAGAAUGUUUUAUCUGUAUGUCAUGUCGUACAGGAGUUUAACAUGGUACCCUCCAAGCAAUGUCUACACGAAGCUCAUCAGAACAUGUAUCAAUCUUGAGGUUACUGACAACGCUGAUUGUGGAGAUUCAUUCACAAAGCAAGAAGGAGAUGACUGCAAUAGUGUCACUGCUUAUGUUCGAAUAGAUAAUGCACGACCCGAUCAAGAACAUUUCCAAAAGUCAUUUUGCCAGGGCUGUGCAACCAAUAAAGCCUACGAUGUCUUGUGCACCCAGGACAUUCCUACUGCUUUGUAUGUCAUAAAUCAGAAAGAGACUGCAUUAAAGGAACUACAUCUCGUGCCAAUAUCAGUCAUUAUUGAUUUUACGGGCUCCUCUAAAAUCAUCGAAAUGGAGGAGAGACAGGAGGAGAUUGUAAUUAAGUGUCCAUCUGGACAUGUGUAUGACCCUAAUGCAAAUGUGUGUAUACAGCUAUCCUGCUCAGAAGGAUUCGUCAUGGCCAUUGAUACCUGUGUUCCAGAGAUGGGUCCUCUCAACCAGUACUGUCCUGAUCAGGUUCAAGAGUGGUCUUGGGAAUUUUACCCUGAUUCCCGAAAAUCAUGCGAAGGCAAGUUCUCUUUAUUACUGGGAUGUCUCCAGGAGAAAGGUAUCUCUGUAGAUGUGAUAAAAAUCUUAGCAACCUAUAGCAAAUCAUAUUUAUAUUGCCACUACAAUUUUCUGGCCAACGUGUCUACGAAUGAAAGAGAGUCUAAUUGGACAACGCUAGAUGACUAUAUGGUCCAAAGCAUUGCGACUCCCAAAUCCCACUUUUAUGAUCAAUGUGUCAUUCUUGAUGCAGAAUUAUAUAAAUCAUGCAAGAGCGCUCUUAAAGACCGUUGCACUAUUCCGCUGCGUACAUUUCCCCUAGGUGCUACUCAGCUCAGUCCAACCGGAGUGAAAAAUUACUAUGUAAGUGAACUUGAAAAGUGGUAUUCUGAGUACAUGGCUGUUGAACGAGUCACUUACAAUGCAAACUACACCAAGGUGACAUCUCUAUUUGUUUGUACCGAGAAUAUGCUCCAUUGUCCGUUUGUAACACUUAAUCAAUCACUGUUCUCUGAAAUUCGCAAUGGAACCAGAGAAAUUGAAUACAAACCAACCGGUAGAAUUUUCUCCCCAGGAGAAUUUUUACGAAUUGAUAGCGGAUACAUCCGUGUUUGCAAUUUCUUCGGUAACGUAAGAGUCGAGAACAAAACUUCUGUGACUACCUAUAUAUCAUUCUCUCUAAACCAAUCAAUUGUCAGCACCGUGGGUUGCUCACUGUCGCUAGUUGCGUUAUUUAUGACUUUCUUAACGUAUGCGCGCUUUCGAGCUUUGCGCCGAUGCGUAUGCAACAAGUUGAUCAUGUGUCUCUGCGUUGCUCUUUUCACUGGGCAAUCAUUGCUCCUCUUGGGUGGACUGGCUAAAUUCAACGUCACUCUCUGCACCGCAGUUUCCUCGUUGACGCACUACACUUGGCUUGUGGCUUUUGCAUUGACUUUCAGCCUGGCAUACGACCUCAACCGCACAUUCGGCUCUAAGACGAUCAGCCGAACAAGCGAGAAUGGAUCAAAGAUUCUUCUUAUGUACCUCUCCAAUUCAUUCGGAACCCCACUUCUUGUCGUCAUUCCUUGUCUGAUCAUCCAAAUUCAGAAAAGAGAGACUGUUAUUUAUGGCCGUGAUGGUAUCUGUUGGCUUUCUGGAUAUGUUCCACUGAUGCUAUCAUUUGGUGUUCCUGUGGCAAUCACCCUGUGUCUCAACAUGGUUCUCUUCGCCCACACAGUGUUCUCCAUCUUCAAGGCCAAGCGUCUGUCAAGAAAGCUACUCCUCCACCAUCUGCGUAAGCCAACCUACACUGAAAAUAUGAAAGAGCUGCUUAUCUACUUUAAGAUUUCGACUUUAAUGGGAUUUACGUGGGUGAUUGGAUUUGUCGCUGCCUACGUUAGGACUCCGGUGGUCUGGUAUAUCUUCGUUGUCCUCAAUUCCCUCCAAGGUACCUUCAUCUUUGCGGCAUUCAUGUGCAACCUGCGAGUCUGGCAACUGUGGAUUAAGGGCAUGCCGACGAAAUCUUCCUCUAUCAUGUCCAUCCCGAAGUCGUCCAACGGCUGCGUGGAACCGGCUGCCAAUGCGCUACAUUAUACCAGCACCGAUGGGGAGGUUAAUCGGACCAUCGAAAGUUAUGAAAGCAAGACUAACAAUGUUAUAACACGAAUGUGAAAUGAUCCGGGGUAAAAACAGUCUCUGCACACAGAGGGAACCUUAAUGUCAUAUAAACACAGAGGACGAGGGGACAACUGCCCCUGUGGCAUUUCAAGUGAUACAAAUUAAAAUAGGAGAAAACAGAUGAAAGAAAAAUAUUAUUUGAAAAAAUGUUCCAUGACCAAGUCAGAAGUGUCACUUUGAUAUCAAUCUAAAAAAAAAGCAACACUAAAUUUGUCAAGUGAUGGCACAAAUUACAUUACCAUAUGCAUUGACGUCAUUGUGCCGCCAUCUUAGAGGCUGAAGUCAUUACCUUUGCAUGCGCUGGUGAUCCGCAGCUGGCGCAUCUCUGACAACUCUGUUUACGCGUAUUGCUAUAUCCUCCGAGUGAGGGAGCUAUGUGACAUCAUAACGUUAAAACACUAGAAGACACUAAAAAGGCUACUUUCACCCAUUUACACUCGCAAAACAGGAAAAAUAGAAAGCGAUAUUCAACAAGUAUAAGAUGCUGUUUUGUGGGUACCUAUACUUAAAGGUCAUGUCCACCCCAGAAAAAUGUUGAUUUGAAUAAAUGGAGAAAAAUCAGACUAGCAUAACGCUGAAAAUUUCAUCAAAAUCGGAUGUAGAAUAAGAAAGUUAUGGCAUUUACAUUUUCGCUUAUUUUUUCACAAAACAGUUAUGCACAACUCAGUGACAUGCAAAUGAGUCAAUCGAUGAUGUCCAUCACUCACUAUUUCUUUUGUUUUUUAUAGUUUGAAUUAUACAAUAUAUCAUUUUUUACAAAUUUGACAAUACGGACCAACUUGACUGAACCAUAUGAUAUUAAACAAUGCUAAUUUCACGUGUUCAGGGGGGAAUUAAUCGUUGUUUCACUUGGCAAUGAGGAGAAAAUUAGAAUAUUUCAUAUUUCACAUAGUAAAAUACAAAAGAAGUAGUGAGUGGAUGACAUCAUCAGUCUCCUCAUUUGCAUACCGACCAGGAUGUGCAUAUAACUGUUUUGUGAAAUUAAGCGACACUUUAAAAUGUCAUAACUUUCUUAUUUUACAUCCGAUUUUGAUGAAAUUUUCAGUGUUAUGCUUGUUGGAUUUUUCUCUU